AUGGCUGAUAAAAAGGUUAAUCCAAAAUCUAGAGAAUAAAGUAAAAGAUUAAAGUCAAACUCAUAAAAAUAAAAUUAAAAUGGCAAAUAAUAAAAGAAUGAAGAAGGAGAUGAUGGCUUAUUUGGCUAAAAAUAAGGAAAAGCACAAGUAGAAGGAAAUUAAUUUCAAUAAUUUUAUGAUUACUCUACUCUAGAAUUAAAAGAUGAUUACAGAGAAAGACCUAUUUUGAUAUGUCCAGAUGGAAUAAUAUUUUUAGAAACUUUUAAUCCUCUUUACAGGGUUGCCUAUUAAUUUUUAAUUUCUAUUGGAGAGCCUGUGUAAAGACCUCUCUCAAUGCAUAAAUUUACCUUGACUAAGUAUUCACUUUAUACUGCGAUGGUUUUAUAGUAUGAACCUAAAGAUAUAAUUCUGUGUCUCGAAAAGCUUAGUAAGAACAAAAAAAUUCCUAAAGAAGUAGAAAGAUAUAUUACUGAAAAUACAUAAAACUAUGGAGCUGCUAGACUAUUUUUAGACGACAGUAGUUAUUACUUAGAUAUAGAUUCUUAGGUAUGGACAAGUAUAAUAGAAAGAAAUCCACAUAUAAAAGACCUAGUUUCACAAACAUAAUUUAACUUUGAUAAUAUUAUAAACUAAAAUAAAGAAUUGAGGGAUAUUUAAAAAGAUCUGCAAAGCUUCUUUUAAAAUAUAAAAACAGAAAACAAUUAAUAAUCUUCAAAAAAAAACUAGAAAAUGAUUGUUGAAGAUGAGCAAGAUGAUGGAAUUCCAGAUAAAAAAAAUAAAUUAAUGAAAAACGGUGAUAGCAGUAUUGCUAAUUAUGAUGACGAAGAUGAAGAAGAUUCUGAUGAUGGUGAUGAUGAUUUUGUUUAUAAUUUCAUAAUGAAUAAUAAAACAAAACGGUCUUUUAAACGUAUUUAAAUUAUUGGAGAUCAUUUUGAGGUUACUAAAGCUGUUAUUAACUGUAGUGUUCCUCUGAUUUAAGAAUAUGAUUUCGAAAACAAAAGCUUCAAAUAACUAGAAAUUGAAUUAAAGCCAAAAAUAAAGGUGAGAUAUUACCAAGAAAGAGCUUUAAAAAAUAUAUUUAUAUAGAAGAAAGCUCGUUCUGGAUUGAUAAUUCUUCCUUGUGGUGCAGGGAAAACAAUUGUUGGAGUUAUUGCUAUCGAAAGGAUAAAAUAAAGUACAGUAAUUAUUUGUGACUCUGAUGUUUCUGUGGAUUAAUGGAGAGAUGAACUUGAGAGAUGGACUACAAUUAAUAAAAACAAAAUAGUUAGAUUAACUGGUAGAAUAGUGGAUGAAUGGCCUACUAGAACUACAGAUGAGCCUAUUAUUGUGAUUACAACAUAUUAUAUGCUUGUAAAAAAGCGUGAAGAUCUUCCUCCAACUUAAAUUGCUUAAAAGAGCAAAAAGAGAUAAUACAUAGACUCAAUGAAGGAAAGAAAAUGGGGAGUUUGUGUGAUUGAUGAAGUGCAUAAAUUGCCAGCAAAUACUUUUUAAAAUGUACUUAAGCAGUAUAAAUUCCACUUUAAACUAGGUCUCACUGCUACUCCUUACAGAGAAGAUGAAAAGAUUAUUAAUUUAUUUUAUAUGAUAGGACCUAAGUUGUAUGAAGAAAAUUGGUAUGAUUUAGUUAGUUAAGGAUUUUUAGCUAAACCCUACUGUGUAGAAAUUAGAUGUGAAAUGUCGUAGCUCUGGAUGAGCGAGUAUAAUAAGAAAGAUUUAAAGACAGGUAAAAAUUACUACAGAGGGCCAUAAAGAGAGUUAAUACAUACAAGUAACCCAAGAAAAUUUAAGACUCUUGAGUAUCUCAUAAAAGUUCAUGAAGAAAGAGGAGAUAAAAUUCUAGUUUUUUGUGAUAGACCAAUGAUAAUAGAUUAUUAUGGAAAUAUUUUAAAAUAUCCAGUUAUAUAUGGAGAUGUAUCACAAGAUGAGAGAAAGAAAAUAUUUAAUCUAUUUAAAGUUUCAAACUAGAUAAAUACAAUAUUUCUUUCCAGAGUUGGAGAUACAGCAAUAGAUUUGCCUCAGGCUAACGUUGGUAUCUAAAUUGGAAUGCAUUUUAAAAGUAGGAGAUAAGAAGUUUAGAGGUUAGGUAGAAUCAUGAGAGCUAAAGAAAACUAUGAUGGUUAAUAUAAUGCUUUUUGGUAUACAUUAGUUUCAAAAGGAACUGAUGAAACUUCCUACUGUUUAGCAAGGCAAAAAUGUUUAAUAAAUUAAGGUUUCAAAUAUGAAAUUAUUGAUGAAAAAGAUUUACCAUAUAGUUAAAAUCCUUAAAAGUUUAAGUGGAUGUCUUAAUUAGAUGAGUCAGAUUAUCUUUACACAUUAUUAAUGAAUUCUGAACAAAAUCAGCAAAAUGGCAAAAUGUCAAGUGAAGAAGAAAGCUCGAGUGGUGAUAGCUCAGGAUCAGAUUCUGAAGAAUCAGAAGGACAUUUUAAUAUCACUACAAAAGCUGCAAACCCUUUAUAAAAUCUAGCACUUUACAAAGAAACAUAGCUUAAUAAAUACUGA